AUGGAAACAUUUUCCACUUCCAGGUACUUUGCAAUCCUCUCUUUCUUCAUUUUGUACCUCCAAACCCUCACUGCAUACCCGUAUUCAUCAUUCUCUUUCAAGAAUUUUGGUAAAGAAUCGAACUUUGAGUCCGAACUUGCUCUAUAUGGUGAUGCUAAGGUUGCUAAUGACAGUCUCUCCGUACAAAUCACUGGUUCAUCCAUUUCUGGUGCUGGGAGAGUGAUGUAUAAGAUACCAAUUAAGCUUGGUGUAGGUGAACCUAAACAAAUGUUGUCUUUUUCAACUUAUUUCUCAUUUUCGUUGUCGCCAAAAAAUGGGGAUGGUUUAGCUUUUGUGAUGGUUCCAUUUGGGUUUCCUUUGAAUGUGUUUGAUGGUGGCUCAUUUGGGAUGCUGAGGGAGACAAAAAUGAGGGUUCUCGGUGUCGAAUUUGAUACCUCGAUGGAUGUUAAGUAUGGUGAUGUGAAUGGUAAUCAUGUUGGCUUGGAUGUUGAUAGUUUUGUAUCUGCUAAAGUGAGCAAUGUUUCUCCCCUCAAUUUGGUGCUGAAUAGUGGUGAGAAAUUGCAAGCUUGGAUUGAUUAUGAAGUGGGCUCAAGGCGAUUUGAGGUUAGAUUGAAUAAAUUGGGUGAACUUAGGCCAGUUGAUCCAUUGCUUUCUUAUCCAAUUGACUUGUCACGAAUGUGGAAGGAGGAUGAGGUCUUUGUGGGGUUAAGUUCAUCAAGUGGGAAUUCAUCUCAGAAAUGCAAUGUGUAUUCAUGGAGCUUUAAGCUACGGCAGGUACCACAUUGGAUGCAUUCCCAACCACUGGAUCCUAAGGCUUUCGUGGACAAGACAAAAGCUGCAACUCUUGAUAAGAGAAGUGAUUGUGUUUUGAGAGUCCUUGCUGCCCUGAUAUUUGGCACCGGAUGUGGAGCAUUGGGAGCAUCGGUUGUCUUGUAUAUGUGGACUGUAUUUGGGAAGAGGCGUCCAGUGGUGCCAGAGGAAAAUGUUGUGCACCCUGAGGUCGAGUACAAAAAGUUUAAUGUAGUUGUAGAUGAAGCCAUAGAAGAUGGCAAGCAGUAG